UGGCCCAGACACCUUCAUCAGUCACAAAGCCAAAGCAAAAGCCACAAGCCAAGAACCAAUACUUGAUCUGUUGUUUCCUUUAGCUCCCGGAAGACUUUUAGCUGCACCGAUCGAUCUCGAUCAUGGAGGAUGAGAGGAGCACCCAGUCGUACCAGGGAGGUGAGGCCGCCGAGCAGGUGGAGGUGACGGACAGGGGCCUCCUCGGCAACCUCCUCGGCAAGAAGAAGGCUGAGGAGGACAAGGAGAAGGAGGAGGAGCUGGUCACCGGCAUGGAGAAGGUCUCCGUGGAAGAGCCCGAGGUCAAGAAGGAGGAGCACGAGGAUGGCGAGAAGAAGGAGACCCUCUUCUCCAAGCUGCACCGAUCCAGCUCCAGCUCCAGCUCGUCUAGUGACGAGGAAGAAGAGGAGGUGAUCGAUGACAACGGCGAGGUGAUCAAGAGGAAGAAGAAGAAGGGGCUCAAGGAAAAGCUCCAGGGGAAGCUGCCCGGCCACAAGGACACCGAGGGUGAGCACGUGACGGGGCUACCGGCACCGGCGGCCCCCGCGUCUGUGCAGACCCACGGCGGCCACCAUGACACCGACGUCGUCGUCGAGAAGAUCGACGGCGACGUGAAGACAGAGGCGGCACCGGCAGUGCCCGAGGAGGAGAAGAAAGGCUUCUUGGAAAAGAUCAAGGAGAAGCUGCCCGGCGGCCACAAGAAGCCGGAGGACGCUGCUGCGGUGCCCGUCACGCACGCUGCUCCAGCACCAGUGCACGCGCCGGCGCCGGCCCCCGAGGAGGUGAGCAGCCCUGACGCGAAGGAGAAGAAGGGCCUGCUGGGCAAGAUCAUGGACAAGCUGCCUGGUUACCACAAGACAGGGGAGGAGGACAAGGCCGCCGCCGCUACAGGCGAGCACAAGCCCAGCGCUUGAUCGCCGCCGUGCCCGAGACCCGUGACCGGACCUCGAUUGAAUUGUUGGCGUGUGUUGUGUUUGCUUUACGUCUAAGUUGGUGUCAAGGUGGGAGGGGUUGAUCGUCUUUGAAGGUCCGGUCCGUGAAGCCCGUUCAGUGACGGGUGCUUCUGUUUCAGUUUGGUUCAGAGUCAGGUCCUGGAUGUUGUCAAGUUUGUUUACUUAUGGGCACUUGUGUAUUGGUUUAUUGCUGGGCAUUAUGCCUUGAUAUUAAAGAUUUCCGCCCAGUA